GCAAGGUAAACUUUCCCACAGUUCGCCACUUCAUUAUUGAAUUUGUUCAACGACCAUCACAUCCUGUUCUGUGCUCUGCUGUUCGCUCAGUACUUGUAGCAAAGGGAUACUUGAAAGAUCAAUCUCGAAUCCAUAUCUCCAAUGUCAGCACCUCUUUCCCCUACGGCUUCCAGUUCCAAAACUGCUUCCGCAUCUACGCACUGUGUACCACCAAGGUCACAGUCUCCUUCUCCGAGCACUUCUGACUUCUCGUUAAUUGGAACAGAGGAAAUAGAGACGAGUGACUAUGCAGACUACAGUUUCUGGAGCUACAACACAAGCACACCUUACAAGGGAUUCGGGUCCUUUGGAAGGCGAGCUGCUAUAUAUUCCACCCCAACAUUGAACUAUUUCGCUUCGUCUAUUCCAUUCCCUUCUUCCUCCUCCUCCUCAACUCCAGGUGUAGACCGAGCUGACCACACUCCCGGUACAUCAUUGAAAACUCUAUUUCCUCGGAUAUGGGAUGUUUUGGUCUCAUCACCCACCAAAAACAUCAUAUCCACAUCUCGUUCUCCAAUUUCUUCGAAAAACUUCGUCCCAUUGAACGGCAUCGAUAUGCCGUUCGAAGCUCAUCGUCACUCUAUGUAUCUCAACUACAUGUCCAACUCGCCGACUCCUUCGCUCAGUCGCCUUACCAAAGGCAAAGGCAAGGCAAAUAAUUACGCGCGUGGGAGCAACCACUACCCGGAACAGUCUUAUUCAGGGGACAUUAGUGAUUUUUGGACACAAGAUAGUAGUUUCGAUCGCUCUACGAUGGGGCACUCCAUUUCAUCCCAAUAUUCUUACAUCGACUACACUGAUCUUCCACCUUUGGACGGAGAAGAAGGAGAAUUGAUUGACGUGGAUGACGAGGCGUGCUUCCUACCACCGGAACAAUUCCAUUACGGCGGGACUACGUGGCGUGGAGGGAUCAAAUGCAGCUUCAGCAGAGCUCGAGUUGUCACUGGUAUAGACAUCUUGUCCUUGCUACCCGCCGAAGUAGCACUACGCGUCCUUGAAUUUCUUGCCUUCGGAUCUUUCUGUCACCCCAAUACCUCAGUCAAUUCUCCUCGUAAUUCAUCUCUCUGGGCUUCUCGAGACACGUUCCUCGAAGAGGUUUCUACCCCGGAACAAUGUCUUCAGAAUGUUCUUGUCUGUUCUUCAGUGUCCAAAAUGUGGCGCCAGCUUUCUCUGGAUAAUUCAGUGUGGCGUACUCUUUUUGAAAGUCGCUGGGGUAACGGCGAGUUUGGAGGUGGUAUAACGAAAGAUUCUGCCGCGAUACAGAAAUACCUCUUGGAUCAAAGGAAAUCCGCCAUCACAGGGCGAGACAAGGCAUUGCCUGCAUUGCCCGACGAUCUCGUCUCUUCGAUACCAAUAAUACAACCUUCAUCUCUUGAUUAUCUCAGGCUUUACCAAGAUCGGCUGGAGCUGGAAAGACGUUGGGUAGGGAGUGCCUUCACCAAGCGUCUUGCAGCACCAGCAUACUCCCCUUCAAGUUCCAAUGCUAGUCUCUCCGUCCCCCCUUCGCGUUCUUCGUCUCUUACGCCGAUGUACAUCGCGGAUCAGAUGUCUCCGUACUCCGAACUAACGUCUUCACGCUCUUCAUCCUUCUCUUCUACCACAAUGGGCAUGUCAAAUUCCAGCCAUAGUCGUCCAUCGACCGAACCAGCUGCCAUAUUGACUGAACAUUGGGAUAAAUGGGAGCCGGAUGUAAUACAACUCAGUGGUCAUAACGAUAGCGUUUACUGUAUCGAGCUUCCAUCUUCGACCACUUUUGCCGCCGACAAAUUUUUUGUCACUGGCUCUCGAGAUCGAACGAUCAAGAUGUGGAGUUCUAAAACCGCCAAAUGUAUAGGAACAUUCGGAAGAGGUCGAACGCCCACGUCCCCUGUAAUACAUGACAGUGGUUCACAAGAGGUGGAGGUUACAGAGGGACAUGCAGGAAGUGUUCUCUGUUUGAAAUUUAUCUGGAAGGAAGAAAAUGACGAAAGUAAUGACAAUGAUUCUAUCCGCGUCGAAGAAGUGGUCAGGCGAGGAAUAAUGUUCUCUGGGUCGAGCGAUUGUACAAUCUGCGUGUGGGACGUUUGUUUGACGUGGAAUAUUGUUGAAGAUGAGUACAAGGUGGAUGCCCAUGUCUCUACCGUUCUGCGUGGUCAUUCCGGAGGUGUUCUUGACUUGAGAGUUGACAAUGACUGGAUUGUGAGCUGUUCUAAAGAUACUACCAUCCGAGUCUGGAAUAGGCAAACACUGAUGGCGCAUCGCACUUUGCGAGGACAUGAAGGCCCGGUUAAUGCUGUUGGUAUGGAAGAUGGUCGUGUCGUAAGUGCCAGUGGCGACGGGAAGAUGAUUUUGUGGGAUGCUAGUAGCGGUGAACGAUUGCGAACCUUUGAAGGUCAUGAUCGUGGAUUAGCAUGCAUUGAAUACAGUAGCGGACUAAUUAUUUCUGGUUCAAAUGACUGGAAAAUCAAGAUUUGGUCUGCCUUCACUGGAAAGUGCUUGCGUACCCUUCAAGGCCACGAAGCCCUUGUUCGGGCGUUGGCCUUUGAUCCUUCCAGUGGCCUCCUCGUCAGUGCAAGCUACGACAAGAGUGUGCGGGUUUGGGAUAUCAAGGAUGUUCUGAAUGGUAACGAAUCCGGCAGGGAGAGCUCAUUGAGGGUUUUCAAGAAUGCACAUUCUAGCCAUAUAUUCGAUGUCAAAUUUGACGUUGGGAGGAUAGUCAGUACAUCUCACGACCAGAAGAUCGUUGUGGCUAAUUUUUCUUGCGACCUGGAUGAUUCUCAUCUUUUUAUUUAAUUGAAUCUAAAACCUCCACGUUGGGAGGCACCAUUUUUUACAAAUAUUCACCCUAUUUUUGCACUACGUUUAUACCGAUCCACGCUUUUCAGCAGAACUCUCCUUGUGUUAUAUAGUUUGUACCGUAAUAAUGUAAGUAUGUACUUUUCGUUUACUGUAAAUGAUUCUGUAUUUGUCCACAGC